GCCCGCCGCUCCGCCUCCCGCCCCGCCCUUCCCGCUCCCAUUGGCCGCCGAGUUAAAGCCCCCGGCGCUGAUUGGCGGCGGCGCACGCGGCGCGUUUGAACGGCCGGUGGGGCGAUGGAGGCGGCGGAGCUGCGCUGCACGGCGGCCGUGGAGCAGCCGCUGCCGGGCGGGCUCGGCCCGCGCCGCCGCCUGAUGCGGGACGCGACCGUGCUGCUGGGCCGCAACGAGCUGCGGCAGCCCGUGCUGCGGGUGGCCGGCGGCAGCGGCGCGGCGGCCGCGGUGCUGAGCUUCGUGCUGGCCGGAGACGCCGUGAGGCUCUUCACGCGGUUCGCGGGCGAGGGGCGGGCGGCGGUGCGGGUAGCCCCGGACGGCGCCCAGGUGCUGCUGUCUGACUGCCCCCCGGACGCGCUGCGCCGCUUCCUCCGCCUCCUGCGGCUCAAGGUGGCCGCCGGCUCGCAGGACGCGCCGCCCCGCCCCCGCCUGCUGGACCGGCCGCCGCCGUCCUUCUCCGUCAUCAGCCCGGUGCAGGAGCGGGACCUGCCGUGCGGCCCCGGCCGCCGCCGCGCCGGCGAGGAGCGGGGUGAGCGCCCGGCCGAGGUGCCCCGCGCGGAGAGGCGGCCCCCGGCGAGGCUCUCGGCGGAGCAGGAGGCGGUGCUGCGCGCCGUGCGGAGCGGAAAGAGCAUCUUCUUCACCGGCUCUGCAGGUGAGGGGCCCCGGCGGCUCUCAUCGACUCCCCGGGGGAAGUCCCGGCCCUUGUUGACUUGCUGCUUCUCCCUCGAAGGGACUGGGAAGUCGUUCCUGCUGAAGAGGAUCGUGGGCUCCCUCCCUCCGAAUGUCACCUACCCUACAGCCAGCACGGGAGUGGCAGCUUGUCACAUCGGGGGCACUACUCUCCACGCCUUUGCAGGGAUCGGCUCUGGGAAGGCUCCACUGGAGCAGUGCAUUCAGCUGGCAGAGAGGCCGGGAGUGCGCCAGCAUUGGCUGGCCUGCCAGCACUUAAUUAUUGAUGAGAUCUCAAUGGUGGAUGGCAAAUUCUUUGACAAGCUGGAGGCAGUGGCAAGGGCAGUCAGAAAACGGGAUGAGCCUUUUGGAGGAAUUCAGCUAAUUAUCUGUGGAGAUUUCUUACAGCUACCCCCAGUCUGCAAGGCUAAUGAAGAAACCAAGUUCUGCUUCCAGGCAAAAAGCUGGAGGAAAUGCAUCCACAUAAAUAUGGAGCUGACUGAAGUGCGGAGACAGACUGACAAGACCUUUGUCUCACUCCUCAGUGCAAUUCGUUUAGGCAGGUGCACAGAGGAGGUGACCAGACAGCUGAUGCAGACGGCUGCUCACAGGUCUGAGCGGGACGGGAUCCUGGCUACGAGGCUCUGCACCCAUAAAGACGAUGUAGAAAUAACCAAUGAGAGACGCUUGCAACAGCUGCCAGGAGAAGUGCACGUGUUUGAGGCUUUGGACAGUGACCCAAUGCUAGUGAAGUUAAUUGAUGCUCAGUGUCCUGUGGGUGGUAGAGUUGAGCUGAAGCUUGGAGCUCAGGUGAUGUUAGCAAAGAACCUGGACGUAUCUCAAGGGCUGGUGAAUGGGGCACGAGGUGUUGUUGUAGGGUUUGAAAGUGAACAGAAGGGGCUGCCUAAGGUCAGGUUUCUCUGUGGGGUCACACAGCUCAUAAAAAUGGAGAAAUGGAUCAUCAAAGGACCAUCAGGAGUUCAUCUGAGUCGUCAGCAAUUACCUUUAAAAUUGGCAUGGGCCAUUUCCAUUCACAAGAGUCAGGGCAUGUCCCUAGACUGUGUGGAAAUCUCCCUGUCUCGUGUCUUUGAAAGUGGGCAGGCUUACGUAGCCCUCUCCCGAGCCCGAAGCCUUGCAGGUCUCCGUGUUCUGGAUUUUGACCCCAAGGUAGUGAGAGCUGACCCUGCUGUGCUGCAGUUCUACAGACACCUGAGACGUCAUCAGCUUCUAAGCCAGGAUUUGCUGCACACCCAUUCAGAGGCUGAUGAAAAGGAGAAUUGGAAAUGCAACUGAGAAUGUUCUUCUUGUUUCUGAGAGGUGUCAGCACAGACUGCUGAGAUGCAGUGAUCUUCUUGUUGUGUAUAUUUGAUAAUACAGACAAAGGCAAAGGUGAUAUUUAAUUUGUUUUGUUCAGCUGACUCUGGAUAUGUAGAACUAUCUCCAUCGCACAUCUCUGGAAUUUGGAAGGCUUCUGCAGACCCCUUCUGAGCCCCCAGCCUUGAGCACUCCUGUGUCACACACACAACUCCAGCAAACAAAAUGACUGAACAAGGAUGUGCCUGAGGGACGUUUCUACAGUUUUAUCCUGUCUGAGGCACCUUCCUACUGUUCUCUCCUGCCUGCUAAUUGCAUUUUAUUUUCUGCACAUAUAGACUGAAACCUGUGUGCCUUUCUUCAAGCGUACCACUGUUGAGAGGUGGAAAGUGUGUGUCCUCUUUGCUUGGAUGGAUUGUUCACAGGAGAUGCUGACACAAGGGAAAGCUGUGCUAAAUGUCUGGAAUACCUGAUUUGCCUGUAAGAGAAGAGCUGUUCUUGCUGCUUGACACCAGGAGGCUUUGCAUAACUUCUUCCACAAGCAGAACUGCACAUUGCCUGUUUUGCUGAUGCAUAGCAUUUUUAUUAAUCUGCUGCAUACAAUGAGGUGAUUUUUUUUUAACCUUUUGAGACAGCUGGCACUAUUUAAAAAUAGGAGGAAGUCCUACAGCUUAUAUCCAUAAUUAUGAAACUGUAAGAACUGUGAAAAUUCAUUACCCCAUGAGCAAGAAGGGGGUGACAGGAGAUGGGUGCUGGAGGGACCCCUUCUUGUUUAAGGCUCCCAUUCAGAUGGGAGUUUCUCCUGGAAAAAAUAUGUCUGACUAAUAAGGUGGAACUUGAGUGUGCAAUAGAGUAGUGGCUAAGGCCAUGUGAAGGGAGCUGUAACUUCACUUGUUUCAGCAAAAGCAGAGAUGAGCAGAACUAAUGUACUGUCUUCUUAAUAAAGGAGAAGCUUUGGUCUUUGUAUUUUAGCAGUUGGCUUAAAGCUCAAAUAACUUAUAUACUUUAAAACGUUUUACAUAUGGGAAUAACAUGAAAUAACAUCCAGCUGGAACUUGUCUCUUGCAGGGGAAUUCUCUAAAAAAGCCUUUGCAGUGUAAGCAAGUUGAAGGCCAUUUCUUGGCAGCUGCUCUCCUUAAAGCCAGGAAAGGAUGUUGACCAGCCAGUGGUUAACAUAACAGAAAACAGACUUUGAUAGGAUGUCAAAAUGUAUUUUAAAGUGUAUUUUUAGUGGUUCUUUUGUUUUGGGUUUCUUUGUUUUGUUAUUUUUUUCUGGCCUUGAGAAGUUAGAGUCUUAGAGGAAGCAAUAGUAUAAGACAGAAGUGUGACUAUUAUUCAGAGAGGAUCUUAAUGUAUCAGCACAUUGUUUCUUCAAAGAAUUUGGUGGGGAGUGGAUAGAAUUACCUGGAGGUGGAGCUGGCGCCCGUAGAAGGCAAAUCCCAAACCCUGUGCUGGGCCAGGGGGCUGGUCUCAGUUAGCACUCCUGUGGGUUUUUAAAGAUGGGAUGCUGCAGUAUAAUGAGGGCUUUGUGUUGCAUUGGACUUUAAAGUGUGCGACCUGAGAUGUCCAGAAAGUGAGUUUUACUGUUGGGGUAGAAAGCUACAAAAAAUACAGUACAGAAUAAAGAAUACAAAGCCAGUUAAGUUCAGUCACUGACAAUAAUUGAUGUAAGAGCGAGGAGAUAAUGCACAUUCAAAACUUUUAAUACUUCUUAAGAAGUUCCUGUACCUCUGUAAUUGCAAGAUAAUUUAGAGUGUAAAUUAUGUACAAUGCAAAUAAACUUUUAAUUAUG